AUGUUUGAUAAGUGUCGAACCAACUCGGUGCUGUCGGCCCUCCAUUUGCCCAACUGCAUCACGGCCCUCCCGCUGGAUCCUUCCAACGGCAUCAAAAUGGGCAACAAAAUGUAUUGCAAACCGAGUACCAUCGCCAUCAUGGGGUACACGACCGUCGUCAAGUGUCAGUGCUCACUUUGCCGCCCACGUGGCCAUUCACUGCCAAACGGUGCGGUGGGCGGACGAAUCGCCCCCAGCACCAUUUCCGUCGUGGCCGAGUCCAAGACGGUCGACAUCACGUUGUGGAAAGGCGUGUGGUCGCGCGGCAGCUUGGACACGCUCUUGACGUUCUCGAAGGCCCAACGAAAGCUGGAAACCAUCGAUUGGGAGGCAUUCUCGUUCUUCUUCAACGACCAAGUGGCCAUGGCUGAGCUGCUGCACCGUCGGCUAUCUGCGUACGAAGUCGGGCCGGGUGGGCCGGGUCUGUCGUUGCCAUAG